CAAACACCAUAACAAGAAAUCCCCUAAUCCAACUCAACUACUAGGAAAAAAACAUCUAUAAUAUCUAUCUUAUAUUAUAUAUUCAUAUAUGGAUCGCAUAGUGAAGGUGGCAUCUCAAAAGGCGGUGGUGAUAUUCACCAAGAGUUCAUGCUGCAUGUGCCAUGCAAUCAAGAGGCUGUUCUACGAGCAAGGGGUGAGCCCCAUGGUGUACGAGCUGGACGAGGACGUCAACGGCCGGGAAAUGGAGAGAGCCCUCGUCCGCUUCGGCUGCAACCCCGCGGUUCCGGCGGUGUUCAUCGGCGGCAAGUUUGCCGGCUCCGCCAACACCGUCAUGACUCUUCAUAUUAAUGGGUCGCUCAAAAAGAUGCUCAAAGACGCCGGCGCUAUCUGGCUCUGAUCAUCAUAUCACUACUCUAUGUUUUGUGAUGCUUGACUAAUUAAGCUAGUGCAAGGUCAUUUUUAAUUGUAUUUUUCAACAAAUACUUGACCUUGUUCCCCCUUUUUGUUUUUGUUUUUGUUUUUUUUUGUUUGUUUGUUUUUUUUUACUUUAUAAAAUUUUGUGCUUUUAUA